GAGCUUCACCGUGUCUCAGUCUGAAGCUCUGCUGUUAACCUGCGCGCCGCUAAAGGCGGGGACGGAAAACGCUCACGCGCUCUGCCUGCUGGAAAAUAAAACACCGGCUAUACUUUCACUUUUUUCCGCCCGAAGACACAACCGAAACUUCAGGUCGGGCGUGUUGGGAAAUUACUGUUACCGCUAAGAGAGUUAGGAAGUGUCGCUGUGAGUCGGAGUUAGCAUGUUAGCUGGCUUGACGGACGCAUCUUCAUUUAGGCAGCGCUGACAGCGUUAAAGUUGCCCUUAUAGCGUGCUUCGGCGUGCUCGCGCUACCAGUCACGUCGUUUAUUUGUGUGGUUUGUUUGUUUGUUUUUGCUCCGAUCUGCUUCCCUGCAGUCUUAUUAUUUGGGGGGGGGGUUUGUUUUUAAAACUAACGAUCAGUUUGGCCUAUGAACAUUUUUUAGUGAGUUUCAGCUGUGAGAUUUUGCAGCGCCUAAACGUUAAAUGUCAAGACUGACUCGGCUAGUAAGAGGGACUAGCCGCCAUCGGUUCAGCAGCUCGGUCUAACGGAGAACUUCAGAUGUUACGAAAGUGGGAAAGACGAACGGAUUUGGACUACGACAAACCGACGUUAUGGAUUAAGUCUGGUAUUCAGGGUUAAAGUUGGCGCUGGUCAGCAGGCUAACCUUGCUAGCUAGCUUAGCGACAGCAAAAACCACCAAGCUUAUCGUGGCUUUUGCUGACACUGUCUUCCGAAGAAAACGCCUACACAAACAAGUUGCAGUUUGAGAUGCUGUUUUGUAAUUUUACAAUAGUGCUUAAUACACAUGCAUCAUAUGGCUAAACUGCACCGGUUAUAGCGUGAUAACACCCUAAUGGACAUCAUAUUAUAACUUUUUUGCUCAUGACCAUAUGUUUAAUGGAAGAUUCUCCAUAUGAGCAAACACUUUGUGGAUCAUUGUGAAGAUGGAGUGUCACCCUCCAAUGAGCUCAUAUUACAACACAGCAUUUUAAAGGAGAAUACGAGUCCAGUGGCUACAAGGUGAAUGUAGCCCCUUCAUUCACACCAACGUGUGUGUCUGUAACGGACAUGGCUGCUUGCCCUCCAGCACACCAGAAUGGUGACGUUCACCGGCAAGAAAGAGUGCCAAAGCCAUCCGUCACUGCACUGACACUUCAUCUGUACCGCAGCAGCCGGGGUGAAGAGGACUGCACUCCUCUCUGUUACCCGCCAGGAGAGUACAUCGCUGAACAGCUGGCCAUCGAAGCAGCCAAGGAGUGUGGUGUGUCACCAGUUUACUUCAGUCUAUUCAGCCUUUAUAGAGAACGUGACCGAGUCUGGUUAUCACCCAACCACCUUCUUCACUUAGAUGAAUCAGCUAAAGAGAGUCUGAUCUUCAGAAUUAGGUAUUACUUUCCUGGGUGGUAUAGCUGUGGAGCCUCUCGAGCUUACAGAUAUGGCGUUGCCAAGGGAGCUGAGAGUCCAAUCCUUGAUGACCAUGUUAUGGCUUAUCUUUUUGCCCAGUGGAGAAGUGACUUUGUGAAUGGCUGGGUGAAGCUGUCCACCAGCCACGAGACCCAGGAAGAGUGCCUUGGUAUGGCUGUCUUAGAUAUGAUGAGGAUAGCCAAGGAAAAGCAGUGCUCACCGCUUGAUAUUUACAAUGCUAUAAGCUAUAAGUCCUUCCUCCCAAAAGACAUGCGUAUGAAGAUCCAGGACUACCACAUUGUAACACGGAAGCGGAUCCGCUACCGCUUUAGGAAGGUAGUGCAGCAAUUCAGUCAGUGCCGGGCCACACCACGUGAUCUCAAACUCAAAUACCUGAUCAACCUAGAGGCACUUGACCCUGGCUUCUACACAGAACGCUUCCAGGUCAAAGAGGCCUCAGCAGGCCAGGUCACCAUAAUCGUCUCUGCCGAUCAAGGCAUUCAGUGGUGCCGUGAGAAGCAAAAGGACACCCAGCUAGAGGACCUGCAGCCGUAUUGUGAUUUCCCUCAUGUGAUUGAUAUCAGUAUCAGACAAGCCAGCAAAGAGGGAGCCCACAAGAGCCGGGUCGUCUCUAUCAACAAGCAAGAUGGCAAAACUCUGGAGCUGGAGUUCUCCUCCCUCGCAGAGGCUCUGUCAUUUGUAUCUUUGAUCGAUGGCUACUACAGGCUGACCACCGACGCACAUCACUACCUCUGUAAAGAUGUUGCACCACCUCGAUUACUGGAGGCUAUUGAAAACUACUGCCAUGGGCCAAUUUCAAUGGAGUUUGCCAUCAGUAAACUGCGUAAGGCUGGAAACCUGAGAGGUCUUUUUGUGCUACGCUGCAGCCCCAAAGAUUAUAACAAGUACUUCCUGACGUUUGCCAUCGGGAUGUGUACAGAGGUGGAAUACAAGCACUGCCUGAUCAGUAGGUCAGACAUUGGUAAUUAUGUUCUCAGUGGAACUAAAAGGACCUUCAGAAGCAUGGAGGAGCUGCUCAGAUGUUACCAAAAAGAGACCGUAAGAUCAGAUGGCAUUGCCUUUCAGUUCAGCAAGUGCUGCCCUCCCAAGGCCAAAGAAAAGUCCAAUCUUCUGGUUUGUCGGAGUAAUAAAGGCUCAGAGGUUCUCUCCUCUCCCUCGCUGCACAGACAGAACAUCAGUCAGAUGGUUUUCCACAAAAUCCGGAAAGAAGACCUUGAAUUCGGAGAGAACCAAGGCCAGGGAACAUUUACAAAGAUCUUUAAGGGAGUUCGGAAAGAAAUGGGAGACUACGGAGAAAUGCAUCAGACAGACGUCAUCAUCAAAGUCCUUGAUAAAGCACACAGAAAAUAUUCUGAGUCCUUUUUUGAGGCUGCCAGUAUGAUGAGCCAGCUCUCCCACAAGCAUCUGACAUUCACCUAUGGCAUCUGUGUGUGUGGCGAGGAGAAUAUUAUGGUGCAGGAAUAUGUGAAGUUUGGCUCCUUGGACAUCUACUUGAAAAAAAACAAAAACAGUAUCAGUAUUUUGUGGAAGCUGGAAGUGGCUAAGCAGCUUGCAUGGGCUAUGCACUUUCUGGAGGAGAAGAACCUAGCUCAUGGGAAUGUGUGUGCCAAAAAUGUCCUUCUAAUCCGCGAGGAGGACAGGAAGACUGGCAACCCUCCCUUCAUCAAACUCAGCGACCCAGGCAUCAGCAUCACGGUUCUGCCCAGAGAGAUUUUACUGGAGAGAAUCCCGUGGGUUGCUCCUGAAUGUAUUGUGGACCCAAAGAAUGUAAGCCUUGCUACAGAUAAGUGGAGCUUUGGCACGACGCUCUGGGAGAUUUGCAGCGGAGGAGAGAAGCCGCUCGCCAACAUGGACAGCUCCAAGAAACAUUUGUUCUAUGAGAAGCGCCACCAGCUGCCUGUCCCCAAAUGGACCGAAUUGGCCAACCUGAUUAACAGCUGCAUGAACUAUGAGCCAGCAUUCAGGUCAUCCUUUAGAGCGAUUAUCCGUGACCUCAACAGUCUCUCUUGCCCAGACUAUGAAACGGUGAUGAUGGAAAGUGACUUGAUGCCCGUUAGAACCGGAGGCCUUGUGCUUGUCUCAGGAACGUUUGAGGACCAGGAACCAGUGCAGUUUGAGGAAAGGCAUCUGAUUUUCUUACAGCAACUUGGCAAGGGGAACUUUGGCAGUGUAGAGAUGUGCCGAUACGACCCCCUGCAAGACGGUACAGGCGAGGUGGUGGCAGUGAAAAAGCUCCAGCACAGCACAACUGAACACCUGCGGGACUUCGAGCGGGAGAUUGAGAUCCUUAAGUCUCUCCAGCACGAGAACAUUGUGAAGUACAAAGGAGUGUGCUAUGGAGCAGGUCGGCGAAACCUUCGGCUUGUGAUGGAGUAUCUGCCGUACGGCAGUCUGAGAGAUUAUCUCAGCAAGAACCGAGUCAGGAUUGACCACAAGAAGCUUGUACAUUAUGCCUCUCAAAUAUGCAAGGGUAUGGAGUACCUUGCAAACAAACGGUACAUUCAUCGAGAUCUGGCCACUAGAAACAUCCUGGUGGAGAGCGAGUCUCAGGUAAAAAUCGGUGACUUUGGCUUGACCAAGGUUUUACCUCAGGACAAAGAAUACUACAAGGUCAAAGAGCCAGGGGAAAGUCCAAUAUUCUGGUAUGCCCCUGAAUCCUUAACAGAUAGCAGGUUCUCUGUGGCAUCAGAUGUCUGGAGUUACGGUGUUGUUCUGUACGAACUCUUCACACACAGUGACAAGCUCUGUAGCCCCCCUACAGUGUUUAUGAGCAUGAUGGGAGGAGACAAGCCUGGCCAGACUAUAGUGUAUCAUCUCAUCGAACUGCUGAAACAUGGGAACCGCUUACCUCAGCCAGUGGGUUGCCCCUCAGAGAUGUAUGAAAUAAUGCAGGAAUGCUGGGAUAAUGACGCAACCUUACGUCCAGCCUUCAAGGAGCUCGCUCUGCGCAUCGACUUGUUUCGAGACAGCAGUGAUUCAGACCUAUACACCCAAGUGCCUCCAUUUUAAGAGAGAAACACUUUGCUUUGUUCUAAUAAACUGCCUUGAAGAUCAUCACCAGGACCUCCUUCAGCACUCUCCUUGCUUUUCAGUGUGCCAUCAUGGCAGACCUCAUUAAGGACAUGGAACUUCUACCAGCCUUUAAGCAGCUAUGUUUUAGUUUGCUUAUUUCUCCCCCAACACCCUCCUGCUAGCAGUGCUAGCAUAUUUCUUUACUUCGAAGAACUGUGAAAGGAAGAAUGCACAUGCAAUUGCAUUCUUUUUAUAUGUGUUUUUAUGUAUAUAAAUAAAAAUAAAGAUUUUAUAAUUUUAUAAAAAUGAAAGCUGAAUGCAAUGAGCUGCCUAUGUUUGACUGUUAAGCAGUUAAAUAUAAAUGAAGAAAGAUAUAUAAUGUUUAUAGCUUUCCAUCGUCAUGCAGGUGGUGUCUAAUUAAAAUCAUAUAUUAAAUA